AUGUCUGCCGCAAUCUCCAACCACGAAAUCUAUGACCCUCGCAAGGUGCUGGAUGCACCAGAGUUCAAAAUCCUGAAGCCUGGAGAAAAGCCCGGUCCAAAUGCCAAUAUCGCUGCAUUCUACAAUCCAGCUCAUGAAGUCCAUCUGGUUGAGAAACCGCGUCCCAAGCCAGGUCCAGGCCAAGUCUUGCUCCAUGUUCGCGCUACCGGCAUAUGCGGGAGCGAUGUUCAUUUCUGGAAACAUGGUCGAAUAGGCGAUUCUAUGGUCGUCACCGACGAGUGCGGUAGCGGCCAUGAAUCGGCGGGCGAGAUUGUAGAGGUCGGAGAAGGCGAUCGCGUAGCCAUCGAGGCGGGAGUACCUUGCAGCCAGCCCGCUUGCGAGGCUUGCAGGACUGGGAGGUACAAUGCUUGUCCCGAUGUGGUGUUUUUCUCUACACCACCGUAUCACGGGACCCUGACCCGCUGGCACUUGCACCCUGCCCAAUGGGUUCACCGCCUGCCGGACAAUGUUUCUUUCGAAGAAGGUUCACUUUGCGAACCUCUCGCCGUGGCUCUGGCCGGUAUCGAGCGGGCUGGUCUACGCCUUGGUGACCCCACUCUUAUUUGUGGAGCGGGGCCGAUUGGGCUUGUAUCCCUGCUAUCCGCCAGAGCAGCUGGUGCAGAGCCAAUCGUCAUAACUGACCUCUUCCAGAGCCGUUUGGACUUUGCUAAGAAGCUCGUUCCGAGUGUUCGAACCGUUUUGAUUGAUCCCAAAACUACUCCGAAAGAGCAGGCUGAGAAAAUCAAGGCUGUGGCAGAGGAGCCAGUGAAAGUGGUCCUCGAGUGCACAGGGGUGGAGAGUAGCAUCCACACAGGUAUAUAUUCCACUGCGUUUGGAGGAAAGGUUUUCGUAAUUGGAGUCGGGAAGAACGAGUUGACGUUCCCCUUCAUGCACCUUAGUGCAAACGAGAUAGACCUCCAAUUCCAAUACAGAUACGCGAACCAGUAUCCGAAGGCCAUUCGACUCGUAGCAGGGGGGUUGAUCAACCUCAAGCCCCUCGUUACUCACCGCUUCGCCUUGGAAGAUGCAAUCGCUGCUUUCCAUGUCGCCGCCGAUCCAGCUCAAGGGGCCAUCAAAGUGCAAAUUCAGGAUUGA